CUUUUCUGUUAAUUUCAUAUAACCACUUUGCAAGAUGCAAUGUCAAGGGAAGAGAGAAUGAUUCGUAUCUCUUGUGAGAGAAAAGAUCUAGUUUUUUAAAUUUUAUACCAUCCUUUUGUGUGUGGCUAAAUUGACUUCAACAGUAUCCAAAGAUAUAGGAAUAAUUGCAGAUAUAUAGGGAAUUUAUGCCGGUAUCUCAGAUCAGAUUAUUAAGCUAUAGAUGCCCAUAACAAUAUUCUCCAAUGUUUAGAUGAUAAAUUACCAAUACUAUGGAAUUUCUUUAACUUCUUGAGACCCAUAUAUACAACUUUGAUAUUUUUUGUAUAUGUUUUUUUUUUUUUUUUCUUGAUGGUGGAGACACAGCUAACAUUCCUAUCGAUUUUAUGCAAGGACAAAGUCCUGUUAAUUUAUUUGUUUAUCUUGGAGAUAUUUCUAUUUUUAUACGUGUUUUAGGCUUUGGUUAUGUCAAUGGAUCAUUGUUUCAUUCCUAUCCAUUAUGGGAAUAAAAAAAGGCUUUGCAUAGUGGUUUUAUACAAUCAUAUUCAUAUCUUACACCAGAAGUUUUUCAGAAUAUAAGAGAGAAUUUUCAACAUUAUUGUUGUUUACCCAUCUAAUCUGCAUCUUCUACUCUUUUCCAAUUUGCGUAUACUUUGCGUGUGGCUUUUGCUUUCUAGAAAGUAUAUGAAAAGAAAAAAAAUGUGAUGUAGUUUUGGAUGGUAGACAAGAAAGUUGAGUAGAAAUCAGCUCCCCCUUGCUAUUCUUGUUAGCCUUGAUCAUCAUCAUCUGUAGAUGAACACCCAGAAGAUAGAUUGCAGAGAACCAGUUAAUCAGAACUAUGGAGUGAUCAUCAAUGAUUGUAGUUCUGAAUUUGCUAAUCGUUCUUCCCAAUUAAUUGGAUUCAGACAGCCUUGGCAGAUGGGAACUUGUGUUCCCAUGGAGGGAGGAUCACAACAGCAAUAUAAUGUGCCUGCAAAAUCAUCCACCACCAUUAUGAGCCGCUUUGAAUCACCAGCUUCUGCUUUUUAUGCAACCGAACGGUGCAUGGGAUUUCCACAGUAUGAGUGUCAAGAUGGUAAUACCUCAUUGAGCUCCCAAUUUUCCAGGACUUAUGAUUCACAGCUACCUUCUUAUCAAUCUUCUGGGGAAGACUUUUCCACUGAUUCAGCAAACCAAGCUGGCUACAACUUUGAUUUGAGAAACACCCUUCAGGCAAUAGUGAAAUCCCAGUUCUCUAGUAAUCAAUACUAUGGAUCUUCUGAAAAGUCCAAUAAAAUUUCAUGCAGCAAUUCAUCAGGGUGUAAGCUUCUUCCACAUGAACAAAAUAAGUUGCCUGGUGAUGAUACUAUCUAUGGUGGGGGGCACCUUUCGAUACCUUUUAAAGGAAAUCAGGAUCAUAUGGGUAAUUGCAAUUCGUACAACUCCCAGCUUCCACAGCUGAGCUUCUCCUCUCAGCAAGAGAAGCAGUCUACAAGAUUUUCGUCUGAAAGUGUAUCUGUUACUUCUGGCAACUCUGCUUCAACCAGUGCAGUACUCUCAAGUAAAACACGAAUAAGGUGGACUCAGGAUCUUCAUGAGAAGUUUGUUGAGUGUGUUAGUCGCCUUGGGGGUGCUGAGAAGGCAACGCCAAAGGCAAUACUGAAGCUGAUGGACUCAGAUGGAUUGACCAUUUUUCACGUGAAAAGUCAUCUCCAGAAAUACCGAAUUGCAAAAUACAUGCCAGACUCGACAGAAGGAAAAUUAGAGAAAAGAAAUAGCAUGAACAAUGUGGCCCAGCUUGAUGUUAAAACUGGCUUGCAAAUCAGAGAGGCACUGCAAGUGCAGUUAGAUGUCCAGAGGCGUCUUCAUGAGCAAUUAGAGGUUCAGAGAAAUCUACAGCUACGAAUUGAAGAACAAGGGAAGCAACUCAAAAUGAUGUUUGACCAACAACAGAAAACAACUAGUGGCCUCUUCAAGAAUCACAAAUUGGAUACGUCCUCUGCUGAAGCAUCAGUUAGUCUUAAAGAUGUUCAGGUUUCAACUUCUGAAGGGUAUGGAAAUUCCCACUUCCCAUCAAAGAUAAGUUAGCCCCUCAAAGCAACCCAAUAUGAUCUUUUGCAUAUAUAUACAUCAAAGCACUUAAAAGCAGUCACCUGGAAAGCUUUGGGGUCUUUUGCAUAUAAGCAGUUAAGAAGUCAUGAGGUUCCUUCAAAGGUCAUCCCCUUCAACAGAAUACAAGAACAGCAGAGUAUUUGCUUAAUCCUUCAAAGUGAACUCACUGAAUCUACUUAAUGAAAGGUAAAUACAACUGAGUGAACUCAUCCACAAUGCAAAUCUGCAAAGAAAUGCUUCGUAUCCAUUGUGCAUAACCCGUGCACAAAUAUGUCAGUGAAGCAUUGUUCUUUUCAUGUUCCUUUAGAGUUCUUGUCUUAAUUGUAAGAAUAAUGUUGUCUGGUGGAUGAAUUGUCUGCUUUCAUGUCCUUUUGUAUAUGAAGUAAAAAGUUUAUCUAAUAUUUCGGCUAAA